UUCCAUAACAUAAAUGAUCUAGUUGUUCAGUUUUUUGGACAAAUUUUUAAUCAUUUUAUCCAAAUAAAAAGCGUUAUUAUGGAAUUCCAAAGUGGAGAGAAGGCUGAUCAUGCCAAAUUUCUUAAAGCUCACAGCCACGUGUGGAAUCAUAUUUUUAGUUCCAUAAACUCUAUGUCUCUUAAAUGUGCAGUUGAGCUAGGCAUACCUGAUGCCAUACACAAUUAUGGCAAACCCAUGCCUCUCUCACAACUCAUUGCUUCAUUGCCAAUUCAUCCAUCAAAAGCCUCCUUCAUCCAUCGCUUGAUGAGAAUCUUGAUCCAUUCCGGCAUCUUUGUUACCGAAAAUGUUAUCAAUAAUAAUAACGAGGUUGAAAUUGGGUAUGUUCUAACCGAUUCAUCUAUGUUCCUACUUAAGAACAACCCCUUCAGUGUGACACCUUUGAUGCUGAUCAAACUUGGUCCCACCGUGACAAAGGCAUGGCAUCAUUUGUCUGAUUGGUUCAAGAACGACGAUCUCACAGCAUUUGAGACGGCACAUGGAAUGACGUUUUGGGAGUAUACUGACAGCGUGCCUAAAUAUGGCCAAUCCUUCAUUGACGCCAUGGCAAGUGAUUCUCGAUUUGUUAGUAGUCUGUUACUUGAUGAUAAGUGCAAGAGAGUGUUUGAGGGAUUGGAAUCGCUGGUUGAUGUUGGUGGAGGCACUGGGACUGUUGCAAAGGCCAUCGCCGAAUCAUUCCCAAACUUGAAGUGCUCCGUGUUUGAUCUCCCAAGUGUUGUUGCUGGCUUGCAAGGAACUGACAACCUUGAAUACAUUGCAGGCGACAUGUUCGCUGAUCCUAUUCCUCCUUCUCAUGCCAUUUUGUUGAAGUGGAUUUUGCAUAACUGGAACGAUGAGGAAUGCGUGAAAAUAUUGAAGAAAUGCAAGGAGGCAAUCAUGCAAAAAAGGAAAGGAGGGAAGGUGAUUAUCAUAGACAUGGUUGUGGAGGAUGAUGACAAGAAAGGUUGUUACGAUCAAUCACUUGAAACACAGCUCUUCUUUGACAUGCUUAUGAUGAUGUUAUUCUCUGGAAAAGAAAGAAAUAAAAGAGAAUGGAGCAACUUAAUUGUUUCUGCUGGUUUUACUGACUAUAAGAUAACCCCAAUUCUUGGAUUGAGGUCAAUCAUUGAGAUCUAUCCAUAGAAGAUAAGCUUAUUGUUAUAAUAAUGCUAGGCUAGUAUUACUGGCUAGCUAUAUAUUGGGGAUGAAAAUAAUGGGUCAUAAGUUCUAUGAGCAGGUUAAGGGCUUGUUUGGGUGA